CAACCAGUACUUCGGCCAAAGUUUAACGAGUGCGAGCGUAUAAAGUGUCGAGUGGCGAAAGGAGUGUAGUUGAAAUUAUUAAACGUUCGAGUGUUUCCGACAUAACGCGCGAGCGUUUAGCCAGUGGAAAAACGAUUUGCCCGUAUAAAUUGUGAUUUUCUACGUUUCUCUUUCUCUCCCUCUCUCUCUUCCUCUCCCUUUCUUUCUCUCUUUCUCUUUUUUCUCUCCUCUCUCUCUCUUUCGUGGGUGUAAGUACGCGUAAAAUUUUAUCAUGCGUUUCGAGUGUGACAGAAAGAGAUAUAGAUAGAGGGAAAGAGAAACAGAGAGAGAGAGAGAGAGAGAGAGAGAGAGAGAGAGAGAGAGAGAGAGAGAGAGAGAAAUAGCGAGUCUGUGCGAAAGCAACCGUACGGAAUUUAAUUAAUGCGACAAGGUGCAAGCAUGCCACAAUCGAAACUCUCGAGUUUGCUAGUAAUGACCUGGUUGCUCGGUACGAUAGCCUGUAAAUCGCGCGUCGACGAGCUCAUUCAAAGUUUCAUCGAAUAUGAGAUCGUUUAUCCAACAAUAAUAACGGAUGAUCUAUCCUCAUCGUUACGUGAUCAUCGAUUACCGUUCGAAAAUCGUUCGAGGAAUCUACAGGAGGAAACAACGAUCUACGUGAUCGUCAAAAAUUGGACGUUGAGAACUACGAUCAAUGAUCGAUUAACACUUUCGAAGGAUCUCCAUCUUCGCGGUGGAAAAAAUUUCAAUAAGAGUUUCGACUGCGAUUUAAGACAUGGAAUCGUCGAAAACAAUGAAAAUAUUUCGUCGGUCGUUCUGACGAUUUGUUUGGAUGAAAUUUACGCUUUUGUCAUCGUCGACGGUAGAUCCUUCUUCGUGGAACCAUUAACGAAUGGUCGGCAUAUAUUUUACGAGUCGAAUAAUACCGGAUGGUGGUCGUCGUCGAGAAAAUCGUCGAAAAAUUUUGGUCCAUCGAUCGAAAUUUUCCCUUUGUAUUACACGAAGAAAAAGGACGGCUUGAAAAAUCCCACAAGACGAUCGAAACGGGAAAUUCGAAGCAUUAAAAGUAAUGGAUUUUAUAAUCUCACCGGAGAUGUCUUUGACAUGGAAAAUUUUGAUCUCGGUGCUGGGGAUAAUGAGGAUUUCUUGAAAAAAGAUGAGGACGUUAUGAUCGAACGAUUGCCACAAAGGAAUGAUCCCGAAGACGUCGGUUAUUUUUCUAAUCCAUCUUGGAGCAGAAGCAAAGUACCGAAAAGGAAACAAUUGCCACCACGAUGGUUGGAGGUCGCGAUUGCUGCGGAUUAUUCCGUCAUUGAAUUUCAUGGUCCACGUGUUCAACAAUACGUUUUGGCACUACUUAAUAUCGUCAGUGCCGUUUUUAGAGAUCCUUCUCUCGACUCAAAUAUGGUUCUCGUCGUUGCUCGUGUAAUCCUUUACACGGAAAAAAAAGACAGUUUGGUUCAAGAUGGAAACUCAAGGAGAUCGUUGGAGAACGUCAACAAGUGGAAUCGGAAGCUCUUGUCCUUAUCAAAGGAUAGUCACGAUAUAGCAAUAUGGUUAACUCGUUUGGACAUAGGUGGUCCUUCAGGAUAUGCUCCCGUUUCGGGAGUUUGCAAUCCUGCGAGAUCUUGUACUUUAAAUCGAGACGAAGGUUUAACGAGCGCUUUCAUCAUAGCUCACGAAGUAGCACAUAUCUUGGGCUUGACUCAUGAUGGCGAUAAAACCGCUGGAAAUUUUUGCGUCGAAGAAGCGUCUCUUGGUAGCGUGAUGGCUCCUAUGGUGGCCGCGACCUUCCAUCACUUUUAUUGGUCCACAUGUUCCAGGAAAGAAUUCCAUCGAAAAGUCAAACAGUGGUCUUGUUUAUUGAACCGACCCAACGACAAUAACACUACACGCUUGGAUAUAAACAUACAAGAAAUGUUUACAAUGGAUGAACAAUGUCGAGUGGAAUUUGGCCAAGGUUAUCACCUAUGUAAAAGUUUUGAAAUUCGUGAACCAUGUUCACGUUUAUGGUGUGGCAAUUCUAAUAUUUCUCAAGCUUGCAAAACUAAAAAGGGACCACCGAUGGAAGGUACACUUUGUGGAAAAAAUAAAUGGUGUGUAAACGGUCGCUGCGAAUCCAUGGACCGAGAAAGAUCGAACUUGGAGCCAUUGUUUUACAAUCCAAGAAAUGGGGGAUGGAGUGUUUGGAGUUCUUGGAACAAGUGUUCCAGAACUUGUGGAGUUGGUGUGCAAUGUAGAUCACGUUCAUGUAACAAUCCACGGCCAGCAUACGGUGGGAAAUAUUGUAUGGGUCCGAGCGAUGAUUGCAGAAUUUGCGAGUCAGCUAAAUGUACGACGAAUAUCGACCUUCGUGCUCAGCAAUGUUCAAGACUGAUCGGUAUUUUAGAUUUUAAAGAAAUAUCGUCUAAAGUAAACAUGACCUGGUUGGCUUACGAGCCUGAGGAACUUGAAUUAAAAUGCCGAUUGGUUUGCCGUAGCAAAGAGACCGGAGAAAUUUUUUAUAGCGGGAAGAACCUAAUGAAUGGCACUCCUUGUUCCUACGGUUCUACGGAUAUCUGUAUUCAGGGUGAAUGUAAACGAAUGGGUUGCGAUAAUGUUUUUAAUUCGGAAAAAGUAUUUGACAGUUGUGGUACUUGCAAUGGCAAUGAUACUGAUUGCGACUACGUUGUCAACAAGUUUCAACGUAAACUUCGCCGAGCAAUGACGCGUGUGGCUGUAUUACCACGCAAUGGUAUUAACAUGGCAGUGAAUGUUACUAUAAUGAAAACAUCGUUUAGCCAUAAAAUCAAUACUACUUUCGUUAUAAUGGAUGGAAAAAGACGGCGACACAAAGUAAACGAUUUUAAUACAAAAGGUCACGAGUUACUGGCAAUCGAGGGUACUGCUUUUCGAAUUCAAAUAACUAGUAAUAACAAAUAUGCCAUAAAGACGAGAGGGAUGGCUUUGGAUGAUGUCAUCGUAUCGUUCGUAGUACCGACGGACGUCAUCAAAUCAGGUACGUCGAUCGCUGUAUCUUCACGGUAUUCCAUAAAUCGUAAUGAAAGAAAUACAGACAAACGAUACCUAUGGUUAGUGGGUGGAUGGAAUUUUUGUUCUGUCAGCUGUGGAGGAGGAAUACGCAGGAAAAUGAUUGCUUGUAAGGACGAUAAAACUGGAAGAAUCGUUUCCAGAAGGAAAUGUGCAUUUCUUCCCAAGCCUUUUUUAAAAAUGGAAACCUGUAACAUACAGAGCUGCGAUUACAAGUGGCUCCCAGGACCAUGGGAAACAUGUUCUGUUACCUGUGGAAAUUUUGGUAUUCAAACUCGUCAACUUCAUUGCGUACGUUCCUCCUAUAACGAGAGUGAAAUAAUUAGUAGUAAUGAAUUGGAAGCAUAUAGGAUUAUAUUGAGACCAUCUUUAUGUAUGGAUCAUCAACGACCGAGCAUCGAGCAAGAAUGUAAUAGGAUAGCCUGUUAAAAUUGUUGCUAGUAAUAUUUUAGAUUCGAUUCUUUUUUUUUGUGUUACGAGAAUCACGAUUUAGAAGAAUUCAAAUUCAACUGCUUGUUCUUAUAACGCAGAUAGUAUCUAGUUGGUACAUAUAUAUGGUUUUAGAAAUAUCGAUUAAUGAAGAAUACAUCAGUUGUGACAUCACUUGAGCUUGACAAUUACAUAUACGCAAAAGAUAUUUCAUUCAGAAAGGGAAGGAGUAAUCGUAGAGUAAGUUUUUGAUUCAUAUCCGUCUAAAUCAGAACUGUGAUCAAGAGGAACCAUAAUAUAAUGCAACGUAAAGAUCAUUUUCUUUCUUUCUUUUUUUUUUUUAUAUAAAAUAAUCUAUUUUUAAGGGUUUCUUUUCUUUUCUUUUUUUUUUAUAAUGCGUUUAAAUACGAAUUUUGUUCUUUAUACUAUCUUAAGUCGUCGGCUUAAAUGAUUAACGUCGAUGAUGGACUAGGUUUUAUUCGUAUCCAAAGUAUACAUAAUGAUAACAUCGUUGGUGCAAAUGAAAGAUUUAAUAAAACGAAAUCUCAUAUAAGCAAGAUGUUAUAGCGUUACAUAUAAUGAGAAAUAUAUGCUACAAUAAAAAUAUUUACUUCAGA